CGCUGGGGGCGGCCACCUCCGGCUGCAGGUCCGCCUGGGCCAGACGCGCGAGCGCAGGCCGUGGGUGCGUGGUCGCUGCCCCGGCUUCCGCAGUCCCCACCGAGCCCCGACCCUCCUGGCCGCCCCCACCCACCGCACCUCGCCGCCAUGCGCCUCCGCCGCCGAGCGCUGUUCCCCGGCGUGGCCCUGCUUUUCGCCGCGGCCCGCCUCGUUGCUGCUUCCGACGUGCUGGAACUCACGGACGACAACUUCGAGAGUCGCGUCUCGGACACGGGCUCCGCGGGCCUCAUGCUGGUCGAGUUUUUCGCUCCCUGGUGUGGACACUGCAAGAGACUUGCCCCCGAAUAUGAAGCUGCAGCUACCAGAUUAAAAGGAAUAGUCCCAUUAGCAAAGGUCGAUUGUACUGCCAACACAAACACGUGUAAUAAAUACGGAGUCAGUGGAUAUCCGACCCUGAAAAUAUUUAGAGAUGGUGAAGAAGCAGGUGCUUAUGAUGGACCCAGGACUGCAGAUGGAAUUGUCAGCCAUUUGAAGAAGCAGGCAGGACCAGCUUCAGUACCUCUCAAGACUGAAGAAGAAUUUGAGAAAUUCAUUGGUGACAAAGAUGCUUCUGUUGUGGGCUUUUUCAAGGAUUUAUUCAGUGAAGCACAUGCUGAGUUUCUGAAAGCAGCCAGCAAUUUGAGAGAUAACUACCGAUUUGCACACACCAAUGUUGAGUCUCUGGUGAACAAGUAUGAUGAUGAUGGAGAGGGGAUUACCUUGUUUCGUCCUUCACAUCUGACUAAUAAGUUUGAGGACAAGUCUGUGGCAUAUUCAGAACAGAAAAUGACCAGUGGCAAGAUUAAAAAAUUUAUCCAGGAAAACAUUUUUGGUAUCUGCCCUCACAUGACAGAAGAAAAUAAAGAUUUGAUACAGGGCAAGGAUUUACUUAUGGCUUACUAUGAUGUGGACUAUGAAAAGAAUGCUAAAGGUUCCAACUACUGGAGAAACAGAGUAAUGAUGGUGGCAAAGAAAUUCCUGGAUGCUGGAAAGAAGCUCAGCUAUGCUAUAGCCAGCCGCAAAGCCUUUAGCCAUGAACUUUCUGAUUUUGGCUUGGAAAGCACUACUGGAGAGAUCCCUGUUGUUGCUAUCAGAACCGCGAAAGGAGAGAAGUUUGUCAUGCAGGAAGAAUUCUCACGUGAUGGCAAGGCUCUUGAGAGAUUUCUGCAGGAUUACUUUGAUGGCAACCUAAAAAGAUACCUGAAGUCUGAGCCCAUCCCAGAGAGCAAUGAUGGACCUGUCAAGGUUGUGGUAGCAGAGAAUUUUGAUGAAAUAGUGAAUAAUGAAAAGAAAGAUGUACUGAUUGAAUUUUAUGCUCCUUGGUGUGGACACUGUAAGAAUCUGGAACCCAAGUAUAAAGAACUGGGGGAGAAGCUCAGUAAAGAUCCCAAUAUUGUCAUAGCCAAAAUGGAUGCCACAGCCAAUGAUGUGCCUUCUCCAUAUGAAGUCAGAGGUUUUCCUACUAUCUACUUCUCUCCAGCCAACAAGAAGCUAAGUCCAAAGAAAUAUGAAGGUGGACGUGAGUUAAAUGAUUUUAUUAGCUACCUACAGCGAGAGGCUACAAACACCCCUAUAAUUCAAGAAGAAAAACCUAAGAAGAAGAAGAAGGCACAGGAGGAUCUCUAAAGCAUCAGCCAAAUAUACCACUUUGUUAAAAAAGGACUCUUCCACCAGAGAUGGGAAACCAUUGGGGAGGACGGGACCCAUAUGGGUUUAUUACCUCUCAUCCCUGAGAGAACAGAAUGGAUGUAAUCUGAAUCCUGUUAAAUUUUCUCUAAACUA